AUGGCGCGAGACGAGGAACUCCUUUCUCUGUCCAGCUUCGGCGAGGACCUCAUCGCGAGCGGCACCUUCUCCUCCCUGGACUCCCUCGACAUCUUCUCUACCGCCACACUCACGAACCUGAAGCGCAAGCACCUAGCAGUCGCCCCCGAUGUAGCACCAGCCCCAACCCAGAAGCUUUCCCCUCUGGCGGGCUGGACUACCAUGUCUCGUUCACUAUCAGCGGCUUCCCCGGAGGUCCCGCUUGCCCCCGCCAACGAGCUGAUCAUUGGCGGCGCAGUCGUCAACAACGUCGCCCUCGUGGUGGGGGAGUCAAUCUCGAGCGAUCCCGCGCCCGAGCACAAGGACCAGGAUCUGUAUAGUGAUGUCAAGGUCCUGCCGGUGCCGGUCUCUGGGGUCCACCGAGGCGGGGGAUCGCUUCUGGUCGCCUCGAUCGGCAAAACAGCCGCGCCGCCCAUGCUGCUGCUGCCGGCGAAGAACGAUGCGGAAAUCGCCUUCCCCGAGGCAGCGAAGCCGGUCACGCUGCCGGAUGUCAAGAAGGAAAUCACGGCCGCGAAGGGGGAGGUCGGGGCCGCUGCGGUUGAUUCCUAUGUUCUCAGUGGCGACAUCAAGAACUUCUUCGGCAUCAAGGGGCUGAAGGCGAAGCUUUACUCCUUCAGAAGCGAGGAGAGCAAGAAGAAAGAGGAUGAGAAGAAGACAAAAAAGGGCGAGAAAGACGGCGACGAGAAAGAGGGCGCGGAGGCAAAACCUGACAAGAAGCUUGCGCCGAUCCAAGAAAAGGUCAAGCUGAAGGAUAUGGAUUCCCCGCUGGGCAUCCUCUUCCCCGAAAUCGAGCAGUCGACUAUCCAGAAACUUCCGCUCAAGAACCUGGAGUUUACCUACAGCAACAAAGAAAAGGACAGUCUGUUCCCGGUCGGAUUGCGACUCGAGGGUGAUUUGGACUUUAAGGAUGGCCUGCAGUUUGUCUCGGACGGGCUGAAGAAUGUCUUUGGUACCGACAAGGGGACAACCCUGCCUUCCAAGUUGCGGGUCAGCGCGUUGAUUGCCAAGGAGCGAGACUGGAGCAAGAAGCCGAAGAUUGAGGGCUUGGUUCUGCAGGCGUAUGCGGAUAUGACGUUGCCGAGGUGGGAUUUCCUGGAGUUUAAGACGGUAGGCAUCGAGUUGUUGGUGAGGAAGGAGGAGAAGAAGAAGAAAAAGGAUGACAAGAAGGACGGUGAGAAGGGUAAGAAGGGUGAGGAGGACGACAAGAGCGACUCGAGCAAGCAGAAAAAAGACGACAAAGAUAAGGGUAAAAAGGGAAAGGACAAAUUGUCCAAGGACGAAGGUAAGGAUGACAAGAAAGACAAAGAAUGGAAACUGGGAUUCGGACUAUUCGGCAAACUUAAUAUCACCAAACUGCCGAAGUCGAAGGGAACUCUGGAGGCGAGAUACUGGAUCCGGGGAGGUGACUGGAAGGACACAGGGAAAAAAAAGAAGGAUAAGAAGGAUGAUAAGAAGGACGACAAGAAAGACGAGAAGAAAGACAACAAGAAAGACGGUAAAAAUACAGACAAGAAGACUGACCGGGCAGUAGAAGAUAAAGAGGAGAAGGCAGAUGAUAAAACUAUAAAACUUACGUGGUCUGCAGUGCUCAUCAAUGUCGGCAAGUGGGAUAACUUCUGCGGUGUCGCAAACCUGAGUAUGAAGAAAGCGGAACUGCGCGCCUUCUUCGAACCAGGAGAGUUCAAAAAGACCUGCACACUGACUGUAGAGGGCUCUCUUGAGUUCCCUCAGGGUAGCCUCGAGGAGGAGAAGAAAGACAAGAAGAAGGAUCAAGAUGGAGAGGAGCCAGAUGGUAGCACAGAAACAGCAGAGAAAAACACCAAAGAGAAUGCCAACCUGCCUUCAGACACAAAACCCAAGCCGUCAGCAGCGACUGAAGGCCAGGCCAAAGGAAAGGAGUCAAAGGGCGAAGACAAGAAGAAGGAUGGCGACAAGAAGGAUGACGAAGACAAGGAGAAGCCAAAGAAUGCUACCUUGGAGAUCAAAGGCCAAUUGUCCAGAAAAGAUUAUCAUUUCGACGCCAAGGUGGGAAACUUGAAGCUCGAGUCUAUCUUGAAGAUCUACGCCCAUAUCCAUGGAGUCGAACCAAAGACUGAGGGCAUCCAGGACCACAAUUUAACCUUCGAAGAGCUGCACCUCAACAUUGGUCGGAAGCUGAAUAAGAAGGUGAGUGAGAAGAAAGCAGACAAGAAGAAGGGAGAUGAGAAGAAGGGAGAUGAGAAGAAGGGAGAUGAGAAGAAGGGAGACAAGAAAAAGAAGGAGGAUGAGGAAGAAGAGACGGAAUGGUCAUUUGAACUAUCCGGCAAAGUGAGCUUUAACGACGUCAAAAGCGUGCACGGCCUGAUUAAGUACGACAGCACCGGCUUGACCAUCGAAGGCGGGGUGGAGGAUUACAAAGUGAAGGACGCUGAUAUUACCAUCAAGGAGGCCCGGAUUGAUAUAUUCAUCGGGGCAAAGCCCAAAACCGACAAAAGGCUAAAGGAGCACAGCAAAAAGGGCUCCUUGAAUGAGUCUGACGCCGGUGAUACCGGCAAAGACAAGGAGGUCCUUCUCAACCGGGCGAGCAAGUUCUCCAUCAGAGGCAAGGUCACCUUCAGUGGAGUGACUGUGACGGUGGCCUUCCUCACCGAGCGUAAAGAGACAAACAAAAAGUCGAAGCAGGCUUCUGAACGCGAGUGGAUGAUUUAUGGUCUGGCUGAUACGGACCUCUGCCUGGCAGAGCUUUGUGACACGCUUAAAGGCACCCCCCUUGAGAACCUCAAGUUGCGGAACAUCGCCGUGAUCGCGGCAUCUGGCGAGAUCAAGUCGGUAAAAGAGCUGAACACCCUGAAGUAUCCGAUCCGGAAAGGAAUCUCAUUAUGCGCGACUAUACUACCCCUCGAUGAGCUCAACACCCUUGCCAAAGAGAAGGUGGAUGGAUUAGUUCUAUGUGCCACCAUUCAGCAGAAAUUGGACCUCAAGAUCUGCUUGCCUUCGUCGAUGGAUAUCCAUUUUUCCCCAACCGUAACACUGGGCGAUAUUGCAGUCGGCAUUGAAAUCAGCAAGAACCCUAGUCUGUCGCUCGAGGGCGUUUUGACUAUCCUGAUGGAAUCGGGCCAGGAUCCAUUAGUCCUCGAGGGAAUGGUCCGAGCAGGGGUGCUGAAUGCCUCCGCUUCGGUUGCGACUAAACAGCCCUGGGUGAAUCCCUUCAACGUCAGCAAAGAGGUCACAAUCGCAGACUUCCGGGUCGAGAUACUAAUCGAAUAUGCCAAGUUCCUGGAAGUCGGUCCCUCGAAACUCGGCCUCGGAGGGCAGCUCGAAGUUGGAGAUUUCGAGGCCGGGGCAGCAAUGGUGAUCAGCCACUUCCCCGACGACCAACUCAUCUCUGUCAACAUCUCCGAAGUCGACCUCAUCAAAAUAGUGCAAGUUGCCGGCAAGGUGGCCGAUAUCCCGCAGUUGGAAAUGAUGACGGGAGCAGAAGAAACGUUCGUGUUCACAGACGCCAAGUUGUACGUCUCGACGGGGGCGACCAUCGCCGACAAGGAGUAUCCGCGAGGCAUCUCCGGCGGCGGCAAGCUGACGGCAUUCGGCAAGACGGCCGAGUUCGAGCUGAGCAUCGGUGCUGCGGGACUGGACUUCAAGGGCGCGAUCGACAAUUUCAGCUUGGGCCCGCUCGUGGUCUCGUCGGCCAGUGGCGAACCCCGGGCGAGCAUGGUGGCACUCAUGACCAAAGAACAGCAGGUUGUUAAAAUAGAUGGAAUGGUGACCUGCUUUGGAGUCGGGCUGGUUACCCUCGUGGACAUCCAGCUGGGAACGGAGACUCCUUCGUUCAACGCCUACAUCGCUGUACAGUUUACCAAAGCAUUCACGAUCAGCCUGCAGGCGACGACCACGGACUUUAGCAGUGUGCGUGACCUAGCCAACCAGGGCCUCGACUUCCAGGCCGAGAUCCAUGGCGAUCUGUUUGACAUGAUCUGCGAGAGCAUCAAGAACAUGAUCAAAACAAUCGAGAAACUGGGCACGGAUGGCAUUGAGUCCGUUCAAAACCUCAUCGGGGCCAAGAUUGCGGAGAAGCAGGCCGAGAUGGAUCGGCUGGCAAAGGAGCUGGAGGAUGCACGGGUAAGACUUGAGGCAAACCGUAGCCAGCGUCAAGUGGAGAUCAAGAAGGAGGAGACGAAGCGGAAACAGGCACAGGAUGAGAUCGCGCGGUUGAGACAGAAUUUGGCCACUGCUAAGAAGAACAAGUCCAAGGUCGAAGCAGAGUUGAAGCAAAAGGUGCAGCGGGCGGAACUGGACAAAGAGUCUCUGAUUCAACGGAAGAGAAAGGAGUACAGCGACAAACUGGAAGCGGCCAAGGCGGAGGAGGCUCGAAAUCGCAAGGAGCUGGAGAGGCUGAAGAGGGAACAAGCGAACCGAUAUGGAACGGACUUCCUGAAACGGGCAGAGUUGGCUAAGGGCGCCUGGUAUGAGAAGAUGGCGAUCGAGAAGGCCUCCUGGGCGGAGGUCCAAAAAGCGUAUUGGGCGAAAUGCAAUGCGAAGUGGUAUAAUUUUGUCCCCUUGGCCGCGGCAUUGGAGGCAGAGAACGCACGCCACGAAAUUGUCAAGGCAGCUACUGCCGUUUACCAUGAAACAGCCAAGGGAUUUGAUGCCACAAUCAACUCCGAUGCCUUUCAGGGCCUCGUCACCGGGAUAGAGAAAGCAGCUGAAGCAGCUGAGAACGCUGCGAAGGGUAUUGAUAACAUUAUCAAAGGCGGCGGAUUUGACGGUUUCGUGAGGGCGUUUGUAGAGACGGAAGACAGAAAGCUCCAGGCAGCGAUCGACAAUCUACAUGCGAUGCAGAGUGAGAAUAGCAAGUAUCAGAAGGCGAUUCGGGAUGCACAAGCCAUCCUCGACAAGAAUGGACCUAACCUGGAAGCCGAGAUUCGAGCUGCGGAUGAGGCAAUCACCCGCAUCCACGAAGACGCAGAGCUCGCGAAGCUCCAACGAGAGUACGACUAUCGGCUCAAGGUUCAUGAAGAGGUCCACAAUGCCAUCAAGCAGAUGGACGCGGGGCUGGAAGCCCUCAAAAAGGACUGGCAAAACGGCAUGCAAAAGCUCCAGGACUUUGUGAACGAGAUUCAAAAAAAGAUAUCCUCCGUCUUUCACAUCGAGAAGAUCGUGGUUGGUGUCCACACUCAUGCUCUGGUCAACGACAAGCCGCUCCUGUUCAAAUUCCAUGGUACGGUGGCUAAUAGGAGUUUUGAGGUUGAGGCGGAGUGGUCGCCAAAGAUAGCCAUCGGUGACCUUUACAAGAAGGUAACCAACGAGAUCUUGAAAAUUUGCUAAUCGGUUGCGUACUUCCCGAACGGCUCUCUCUAUACACGAAGAGUUGGAUCAUGCUCCAAUUCAUGGUCUUUGAUUAGUCCCUUUAGAGAGUAUCAGGCGCGAUAGCUAGAACUAUCCUGGAUUAAGCUAUACAAACCGUCUUUUGCAGUGGAGCAGUGAGGUCUUAAGAAACGGAUUUGGAAUUUUAGUGCGCAGAUUCCAUACAGUCAAG